CAGUGUUUUCAGUCAGUUUACGAACGCGCGCUGACACCGGCGCAGUGAUUGAGGCGAGUGGUGAGUGGAGAAGGGUUAACGCAUUUUUUUUCUCUAAAAAAGUUGUAAAAAACGUGUGAAAUCUCAAGGCUUCAGCUAUUUUACAACUAUCUAAUUUGCGGCUGUAAAUUUGCAACUUAAAAUAAUUGCCGUCAUAUUGGAAAAGCGCGAAAUCUGCCACAAGUGUGUGAAAAGCCUUACGCUUAGUAAGUUGUUUUACCAUUUUUGUCUCGGCAAACCAACAAAAGUGAGUUAAUACGGUUACAUCAGCAGCUGAAUGAAACAUAUUGGAAUUCUAGCAAAUUAACGGCGAAUAUUUUUUAUUCAAAUCAAAAAAUCAAAAUUUCAAAGGAGAAAAAAUGGGCUUAGGUAAAACUACAGCAAAGCAUUUGUUGUUGCUGCUAAAUUUUAUAUUUACGCUGCUCGGCAUUGUUGUAAUCGCAUUUGGUAUUUUUGUAUUGGUCAGCGCUGCCAACAACAACAUCGAUCAUGGUGAGAAUUUAGCCGGUGGACUCAUAAUUACGUUAGGCAUUAUAAUUGUGGUGAUUUCGAUAUUCGGUUGUUUGGCGGCCAUACACGAGUCACGCAAAAAACUGAUUGUUUAUAUUAUCAGCUUGAUAGUGCUGAUACUUUUGCAACUCAUUUUGGCUGCGAUGGCCUCACAAGGCACCAAGGAUGGGCUGGCGGGCAGCGUACACGACGGCUUCGAGGAGCUGUGGGAAUACGAGCUGAAAGAGCCGGGCGCAUUGGCCUACUACGAGAAUUGGUUACACUGCUGCGGGGUCAACAACACCGACGACUAUCAUCGCAUACAACAUGACAUACCGCGCACGUGCUGCAAGGACCGCAACUGUCAAAUCGUCGAUAACAUCUACAACGAGGGCUGCCAGGCGAAGUUCGAGGAGUACCUGUCGGGCAAGAUGCUCAUGUUCAGUGUGGUCAGUUGGAUUUUGAUUAUUGGCGAGAUCGCUGGCGCCGUGCUGGCUUGGAUGUUGUACAGUAGUGUGAAAAACGAAAGCAGAAGAAAUCUGCGUUGGAUGUAGUGCAUUUCGAGAACUUGAAGUCCAAUAUAUUUUUAUUAAAUAGAGUGUACUUUUUUAAGUGAGUUGCAAUAUUUAUACUUAAAUCGUGUUUCCCGCACAUAACGACUGUACCUAAUGUUAUUUUUUAUUGUUCAAAAUGAAAUUAAAUUAUUAUUUUACAACUAACUAGUCAAAUGGUGAAAAUAAAAAUGUUUAAACCCA